UCUGGCACGUGCCGCUAAUUGAUACAACACAAUAAACCAAAACGCGAUCUUGAACCAGUGACCUUGUGAGGACCUCGGUCAAGCAAGCCUUCCAGGGUUCACGAAAAUGGGACAGGUGUUCAACGCCCCAGACAGACCAGACAUUCCUGUCUGGAGUCUUUAGACGAUUCCCCUAUAAAUACUGAUCAGGGGUCAUGGGUGACACACACCUGACUGACACUGGACAUGAUGCAGCCCUCCUCUCUCACCGAUCGCGAGAACACUCUCCCCGCAGCUGACGGGUGUUUCCUCAUGUGGCGGGACUACAUGGAUCUCCGCAAGACUCUGUCGCAGCUGCUGGAGGAGCAUCGCGAGGAAAGGCAAGCCGUGACUGCGUGUGUGACCCCCGGGGAUCGAUUCAUGAGCACCGGCUCAUCCAGCAGCGCCUCCAGCACUACUUUCUCCUCCUCCAGCCGGGACCACCGGCGUGACACCUGCGGCUUCUGCAUAAAAAACGGAGAGAGCGAGGAGGUGUACAUGAGCCAUAGACUAAAAGCCCGUGACGGACGGAUCCUCUGCCCGAUCCUGCGGAGUUAUGUGUGUCCUUUCUGCGCGGCCACCGGAGACUGGGCGCACACGCGCCAAUACUGCCCUCGGAGAAACGCUUCGAAGACGAGCAGGAUGUAAACAGAUGGACUCUCUCUCU